CGAAAAGAAUUUGACUUUUUUUUUCUCUCUCUUUUUUUUUUUUAGUUUGACGGAAGGUAACCGUAUAAAAGAUGGUAAGCAGGCGCGGCAAAGCCCAGUUCUCAUCGCGCUGUGAAGUCUCUGAAAAAGCGUCCGUAGACCUCAUAAAAACUUGAACCAUGUGUGACGACGAUACCUGCGCUCUUGUUGUGGACAAUGGCUCCGGCAUGGUCAAGGCCGGAUUCGCCGGAGACGACGCCCCUCGCGCCGUCUUCCCCUCCAUUGUCGGCCGCCCCCGUCAUCAGGGUGUGAUGGUCGGCAUGGGUCAGAAGGACGCCUACGUCGGCGAUGAGGCCCAGAGCAAGAGAGGUAUCCUCACUCUCAAGUACCCCAUCGAGCACGGUAUCAUCACCAACUGGGACGACAUGGAGAAGAUCUGGCAUCACUCCUUCUACAACGAACUUCGUGUUGCUCCUGAGGAAUCUCCCGUCCUCCUCACUGAGGCUCCCCUCAACCCCAAGGCCAACCGUGAGAAGAUGACCCAGAUCAUGUUCGAGACCUUCAGCACCCCUGCCAUGUAUGUGGCCAUCCAGGCCGUGCUGUCCCUGUACGCCUCUGGUCGUACCACUGGUAUCGUUCUCGACUCUGGUGACGGUGUGUCCCACACUGUCCCCAUCUACGAAGGUUAUGCUCUUCCUCAUGCUAUCCUUCGUCUCGACUUGGCUGGUCGUGACCUCACCGCUUACCUGAUGAAGAUCAUGACUGAGCGUGGCUACUCCUUCACCACCACCGCCGAACGUGAAAUCGUUCGUGACAUCAAGGAGAAGCUUUGCUACGUCGCCCUUGACUUCGAGAGUGAGAUGAACGUCGCUGCUGCUUCCUCAUCCCUUGAGAAGUCCUACGAACUUCCCGACGGUCAGGUCAUCACCAUUGGAAAUGAGCGUUUCCGUGCACCAGAGGCACUAUUCCAGCCUUCAUUCCUUGGAAUGGAAUCCGUUGGAAUCCACGAAACUGUAUUUAACUCCAUUAUGAGGUGCGACAUUGAUAUCAGGAAGGACCUCUUCGCCAACACUGUCAUGUCUGGAGGUACCACCAUGUACCCUGGUAUCGCUGACCGUAUGCAGAAGGAAAUCACUGCUCUGGCUCCUUCCACCAUCAAGAUCAAGAUCAUUGCUCCUCCUGAGCGUAAAUACUCCGUGUGGAUCGGCGGUUCCAUCCUUUCUUCCCUAUCCACCUUCCAGGCCAUGUGGAUCACCAAGGAGGAAUACGAUGAGUCUGGCCCUGGAAUCGUCCACCGCAAGUGCUUCUAAUUCUAUCUUUGGAAAUACCCUUAGAAUUAUGAGAUAUAUUGUCCAUCUACUCGUGAUAAUGAUAUCCUCAUUCUUAUACAUCUAUAUUUUGUUAUCAAAGAACUGAUAAUUUAU